AGGGGUGGCGGGCGAGUGCCGGGGGCUGCCGGCGCUCCGAUACCUCGGGGCCGGGAGGCGCUCUCGGCCGCUGGGGCCGCGGGGCUGCUUUGCUGGGAGGGCGCUGGCUUUCCGGCUGGGAAGGGGCGACGGUCGUCCCUCGGCUGUGAGCGGGGAUGUCCCGCCUCGCGUCCUCCCGCCGUUGUGCUGCAGGGGUUGGCGUCGGGGGCGCGGGGGCUCCCUGUCUCACUGCCUUUGCAUGUUGUUUAUACCCUGCCGAUAUUUUGCUUCCUAAGGUGCCUUCUUUCACAAACCUUUUGUCGCUUCCCUCUGCCCUCCCUCCCCGCGUUCCCGCCGUUGUGCUUGGUCACAUGACGCGUUCCGCCCUCCUGGCGUGUGUAGGUGACGCACUGGAACAGAUUGCCCAGAGAAGCUGGAGGGUCUCCCUCACUAGAGGUGUUCAAGCAGCAUCUGGACACAAUCCUGUGCCGUGUGCUCUGGCGUGACUCUGCAUAAAAAGGGAGGUUGGACCAGAUGACCCGCUGUGGUCCCUUCCAACCUGACCCCUUCUGUGAUUUUUUUCGUAAAGCCUUGGCUAGCAUAGAGCCUACACUUGGACAUGUGUGCAUUUCUUACCUAGUUACAUAGUCCUAAAACAAGGUAAGAAGGAAUAACUUGUUGUAGCUAGGAGACAUUAUUAUUAAUGCCGAAAAAACCUUCAGUUUUCAGGCUGAAUGUUUAUCAGAAAUCAGUAAUACAGCUGGUCCUGCAGAUGGCAAGGAAGAACUCUUGGAUGAAUGUGAGAGUAUUUGGAAGCAGAUGGAAGAGUGUCAGAGCAAGCUAAUGCUUCUGGGAACAGAGACACUGCUACCAUCAGAUGCCAAGCUUUCCUUGUUAAUGCUGCGAUGGAAAGCUUUAACAGGAAAUUUUCGUCAAUGGCAAGCAAGAAAUCCUGAAUUAAUUUCUACCAAUCCAGAUGUACUGUUAGAAAUAGGAAAAGAAGAGUUGCAGAAAGUAAAAAAUGAUCUUGAAAUGGUGCUGUCAACAGUUCGAUCAAAGAAUAAACAGCUGGAAGACGACCUGAAAAGAGAACAGCAGUGGUAUGAGGAGCAGAAACAGAUGCUAGAGACUCUUAGUAAAAUGGAAGAAGAGGCAAAUACCCAAGAUGAACAUCCUUCCACAAAAAGAGAAUUCAAUGAAAUGAAAAAUAAAAUAUUGAAGUUAAGGACCUUUAAGAAAGAACUCUUGAAUGCUUUGGGUGAAUUCCUGGAUGAACAUUUCCCCCUUCCAGAGAGAGCUGAAAAUAUUAAAAAAAAGAGCUCUUCAGCACAGCCAGUUGUAGAACUGAUAACAUUGCAAGAAAUUUUAGAGAUGCUGAUAAACACAUUAAUGGCCACACCACAUGAACCUUACGUAACAAUCAACGAGUCAUUUUGGCCACCUUAUGUUGAGCUGCUGCUGCGAUAUGGAAUGGCCCUGAGACAUCCAGAAGAUCCAAAAAGAAUGCGCCUCCAAGCUUUUCACAAGUAGUGUGACCUACACAUGCACUUGAAAAUAAAACAACACCAGUACUCUUAAUUCAGGGCUAGGACAUACUUAGGUUUCCUACUAAACUUUCUUAGUAUCAAACAUCACUUCUUGUUGGAUGAUUUUUUUUUUCUUCUAUAUUAAAUUGAAUAUUUAGGAACAGAAAAUGAGGAAAAAGAAAAAAAAAAAUCUAUUUUUACUGCUUACAGUUGGCCUUCAGUGUUGUAUGAAGGUUUGCAUUAUGGAAAGUUUUUUUCACUGCUUCUGUAAGAUGCCAAUUCAUGUAAUAGACAAAUAUGUUUAACAGUCGUUUUUACUUUAAAAACCAUAUUUAUCCAUUACUUCUAUGGUUUAGAUUUCUUAGAUUGCCUGAAGUCGUCUCUAUUUCUUUUAGUAUUUUCUUGUAUUCUUUAGAGGCAAAAUGCAGAAUAACACCACUCCUGUACAUGGCCUUGCAAACAUUUGGAACUAACAGAGAUGUAUCCUCUCAAGAAUGUGUUAUGCCUUGUUUGUUUCUCAGAGCCUUUGCAAACAAUUUUACUGGCUCCAAGAUAAACACUUAGGAAAGCUGACACAUCUUAAAGUGCAAAGUGCAGCAGAUGUGAGUGUGUGCCUUUCACUGCAUGCUUCCCAAAUGGCCCACUUUGUGUUAUGCUGUAUUGCCUUACAGUAUCUGUCUUCACUUUUUCAGACCUAAUUUAUUAAGGCUUUUAACGGGUCUCUGUUCUGUUGAUCUCUACAGCUUCUAAGUUAUGUCAGUUGAGAGUUACCUUCUGACUCAGUACUGGCAUUCUUUGCAAUCUCAGUCUUUUCUGUAGCCAUUUUUAUUAUAUUGUAUUGAUUACAAAAAUUCUACUCUUGCUUAUCAGUAGUGACUAAAUUAUCCUUUAUUAACCAGAUUGUAGUUUAUUGAGGGAGGAACUUGGGUGAUUUUUUUAAUUGAUGGAAAAAUAAAGAGUUGUAUACUAUCAUAAUGUUUUUGUGUGAUAGUUUUUAGGGUGGUGUUUAUGUGAUUUGGUGUGAUGACUUGUAAAGAUGAUGGAAGGAUGCAUGGGAGAGGUAAGGGGGAUCAAUCUAAUGUAAGUUCCAGUAUAAUUGCC